UUCGUCUUGGCAGAACUUGUCGGCCAGUCCACCCAUCCCCGGUGAUCUUUGUCCAGUGGAGCCCACUGCUGGAAUUGUCCAUGCUAGGUGGACACUAGGCAAGUACUCCAACAAGCGCUAUCAUGAUGCUUAUCAUCAAGUAAUCCACUAACAGCCCCAGCUUAACAAAAGGUUUAGAUUACCCUGGACGGCAGCUUAUCGCGCCCAAGCUCCCCGCAUCGGUCGUGAACUGUACUUGCGCUUGCAACGAGCCCAAUGGACUGUUUGUUGUCUGCUGAUUGCCAUAAUCGGGUGCCCGACAUCGCAUUAGACAGAUCUCACCUACACCCUAGAAUCGUUGUUCGUGUCGACUGUGCUAUCUAGUCGUGAUAUGCUGCUGUGAUAACCGGUUCUCCUGAUAUCCUCCUUUAUCCUCUCACCAUGUCUGCCACUCCCGAUCUUCCCGCGAAUGUUCAUGUGUCGAACCACCCAUGUCUCCGCGCAAAACUGAGCCUGCUCCGGUCGAAGAGCACUCAGGCAAGAGAUGCGAAGGCGUUGGUUAACCAGAUCUCGACCAUAGUUGGCUGCGAGGCUUUUGCUUCGGCGCUGACUGCAGUCGAUGGACCUAAAGAUGAGACCCCGAUAGGCUUCGAAUACACAACUACGAACGUCGAACCCCAAGAGCUCUCCCUAGUGCCCAUCCUUCGAUCAGGUUUAGGCAUGGUAGAAGCAAUUCAAACCCUCCUGCCCAACCCGAUCCCCGUCCACCACCUGGGCCUCUACCGCGAACCCUCGACCCUCGACCCCGUCGAGUACUACAACAACCUGCCCCACCACAUCGCCACGGGAAACUCAGGAAGUUCUGCCUCCCGCUUAGCCAUCAUCCUCGACCCCGUCAUCGCCACGGGCGGCACUUGCGUGGCUGCCAUUCAGACCCUGCGCGAGUGGGGCGUCAAGCGGAUUGUGGUGUUGAGCGUCAUCGCCGCCGUCGACGGUAUCCGAAGGGCCGCCGCCGAGUGGCCUGACGCUGUCGAGAUCUGGGUUGCGGGGGUUGAUGCCGAGCUUACGAAGGAUGGAAUGUUGAAGCCGGGCGUGGGGGACGUUGGGGAUAGGCUAUUUUUGACUAUUGGGAAAUGAGGGAUGUUGCAAGAUAUUGAUUAAUGGGUUUGUUUGUCAGGGGCCGUCGAUUGGUGGCAGUACGCUCUCAAGUGAGCUGCGCCCUGAUACAGAAUCCUAGCGGUGUUGAAAGAGCUCCAAUUUAUUUCGCCGUACGUGUGAAUCCGAAAAGGGCAGAUUGUCUUGCCUGGGAUCUCGCAAAUUGGUUCGCAGGAUAGUUUAGUUACGUCAAGUACGACGAAUGCUGUAGUACUCCACGUAGAGUAAUACAUGAUUGGGUU